ACUACACCUACAAGCAAUCAAAUACCCAAAAUGCCUUCGCGACAGGACUUCCCCCUCCUCUCCCUCCUAAACGAACUCAUCGUCGCGGUCGCCUAACAACUCAUGGAGAUCGCCGACCUUCACUCCUUGCUGCUGACAAACAAGAGACUAUCUAUGCUCCUGCCGACAAUCCUGCACAUGCACGCCGCGAAUUCUACCCUCUCGCUACCAGCGCUCUACUGGGCAAUCUCCACGGGCGACGAACCUAUGACUACGUUCCUGCUACAAAAGUCUGCUCAAGUCCUCUCAAUCCGCACACCGUCCCACACGCUCUUACACAGAACCCCGCAUCCCUGCCCCGAAAAAACCCUCUCGCUCAUCCUCGCGCAUAGGGGAGCGAUACAGGUCGAGGAGGACGCAACAGGUCGCACACCCCAGCACUUCGCCUGCAAGUACGCGCGGCCCAAGCUGCUCUCUCGCAUAUUGGCCUUUGGCGCAGCGGUGGAGGCAACAGACCAUGAGGGCUGGACACCGCUGCACGUUUCGGUCAUAUCGCGGCGCGAGGACCAGGCGUGUACGCGAGUGCUGCUCGCCCACGGCGCGGACCUAUUGGCGCGGGAGCACACCUGGCUGCAGCGCACGCCGUUGCACUCUGCGACGAAGAGCGUGCGCGUGGAGGAGCUGCGGGGGUUUCUGGACCAUGCGGAGGCCGGCAGGGGGGGGGGGUUGAGGUUGAUGUUGAUGGGAAUGGGCAGACGCCGUUGCAUUGGGCUGCCGGGCUGGGGAGGGCUGGGCUGUGGAGGUUUUGCUGAAAAGGGGCGCGAAUGUUGGGCCAGGGAUGGCAGGGGCAUGACGGCACUGCACGUUGUCGCUAGGGGUCCGUACGUUUCUAGGCUGAGAGGGAGGUUUGAGGCUGUUGCUUGGCUGCUCAUCCGUCUUGGCGCGGAUGGAACAAUUAGGGAUAGGAGUGGAAGUCGGGUUGUGGAUAUUUUGGAGGGGAGGAGGAGGCCGCAGUGUUGGAUCCCGAGUAAGGAUGUGUGA